UUGUUUUCAAAUUUAAUCCAACUGCUAAGGCAACCUUUGAUUCCCAUAACAUAAAUUAUUUAUUAUUUGUGAGAUGCUCCCCACCAUCUCCAAUUCUUUUGCUGGUCACCAUGGCUCAUCAGACAGAGAACAAUGUAGUAGGAUGGACGCCAGUCCCUCAAUUUGGAGCGUGGGAUCAGAAAAAUGCAGGAGCCACCGAUUAUUCAAUGAUAUUCAAUCAAGCUCGUGCCAACAGGAAGCAGCACAAGUCUGAUGUUAGGCGUAGCCUUGGCAAUGACCGUGAUCUCGUUGUUUCUUCUUUUCCUAAGCGCCCCCCAGACGACCAUUAUCCUGUCUCCAAGAAAAAGAAGAUUUUGACCUACAUUAACUGCUGUAUCAAACCUUGAUUUGGCUCCGCCCCUCUAAUCUCACCUGAUAUGUACAUUUAUAGGCAUUUUCCGGUGGGGAACAAAGCAUAUAUAGGGCUUCUUUAACCAUGAUUUUCCAUGUACAUAUAUCUUCUUUAGCUUGCAGUGUUGUACAGAGCGCAAGGCUAAAAAAAGAUGCCUGCCCAAAUGAUGUAAAGGUACAACAUCUGUAUAUAUAUAUGCAUGUUUUUGUAUGUAUGUAAUAUAAUAUACACAUAGAAUGAAGUAUAUAAUUAUGAUUGUAUGCCA